GAGGUAGUCGUGGAGGAGGAAUUGAGUGCUUGUAUGUGCGUUAAGAAGGCAACGGAUUGCGUAGAGGAGGAAACGAGUGCUUGUAUGUGCGUUAAGAAGGCGAGUGAAUGCGCAUCCUUAGCGAUGUUGGCUAGAAAUCUAAUCAAUGUGGGCCUUGAGUUUCCAGUCCCAUCCAGAUCGGUUAUAUUGGUUUUCUUAUCUAUCAGGGUGAGGGUUCAGCACAGCCAUUAUUUGAAAGUGAGC